CUGCUCUGUGUGGCCACUAGAUUCUAUCCGGACCACGUCUCUGUUGUCUGGAGCAUUAAUGGGAUUGAACCUGAGGGUGGCGUGGCGACGGACAGUGCUGCCGUGCGGGAUGGAAAGUUCUACAAAAUCACCAGCAGGCUGAGGGUCCCUGCAGAAGUCUGGUUUGACCCCCAGAAACAGUUCCUCUGUACUGUCAAAUUCUUCGAUGGAAAAGAUUACAUAUCUGUGCUUGACUCAAUCUAUGGUGUAACGGAUGACUCAGGCGGCAUAUCGAGAGAGGUUUAUCUGAAGAUCACACAGAAUGCCAAACUCUCCUAUGUUGUGUUUAUCGUGAAGAGCUGCGUCUACGGAGCCUUUGUCUGCUUUUUGGUGUGGACGUUUCAGAGCUCAGGCAGAAAACAGAGGAAGUGA